AUGUUGACCUCAUCCACCCCAACCAAACAUCACACAAAAUGGUCCGACAAACAAUCCAAAGCCCUGAGCGACCUCACCGAAGAGUUCACCCUCUCAACCGCUCAACUCGAACACCUCACCGCCGCCUUCAUUGACCAGAUGCAAUCCGGACUCGCGGGGGACCAGAAAUCGAGUGACUUGGCCAUGAUCCCGACGUUUGUCAGUGGAAGGCCAGAUGGUCAAGAACGCGGGAGCUAUCUUGCUUUGGAUCUUGGAGGCACCAAUCUUCGUGUCUGCCUUAUCACACUCAAGGGCAACCACGACGUCGAAUCCAACUCAAAGGCCUUCAGGGUUUCCGACCACCUCCAGGAAGCGCACAUCUCAGAGCUGAUGGACUUUAUCGCCAUCUCGAUCAAGGAGUUUAUCAGCAGCGAGCACAUCAGUUCUAAGAUUGUCGAACACCCCACCGAUUCGGACACCCUCGAGCUCGGCUUCACCUUCUCCUUCCCUGUCGCCCAAACCGCCAUCGAUGCCGGCAUGUUGCUCAGAUGGACCAAAGGGUUCAAUUGCCCUGGGGCUGUUGGCAAUGAUAUCGUACAAUUGCUUCAGGAGGCUAUUGACCGUAACAAGGUCAACGUUCAUGUUGCCGCCCUGGUGAACGAUACCGUUGGCACGCUUCUGGCACAUUCCUAUAAGCACCCCAACACCUUCAUCGGGGCCAUCUUCGGAACAGGAACCAAUGGUGCCUAUGUCGAGGCCACCCGCAGCAUCAAGACCAUGCCCACCCCGACUGCUAAGGAGAUGAUCAUUAAUAUCGAGUGGGGCAACUUUGACAAGGACAAGCGGAUCCUCCCCGUUACACCGUUUGAUAACAAGCUCGACCGCGAGUCCAUCAACCCAGGAAUCCACAUUUUCGAAAAGAUGAUCUCUGGAAUGUACCUGGGAGAAAUCACCCGCAACAUCCUCCUCCACCUCAUUGACCACCGUCUCCUCUUUGACGGCACCUCGUCCCAAAAACUCAACACCCACUGGUCAUUCGAAACCAAAUUCAUGUCACAGAUUGAAUCUGAUACCUCCGCAACCCUUAUUCCUAUCGCCCAAAUUCUGGAACAGGAGCUGGGUAUUUAUUUAAAUACCCAGGUUGAUAGGGAGAUUGUCAAGGCUGUGUGUGAGUUGGUCGGAAGGAGGGCAGCACGGUUGAGUGCCAUGGCGACGGCAGCGGUUGUGAGGAGGGGGUUGUCGGUUGAAGGACACUUUGCGGGGUAUGGGUACCCUCUGAAGUUGAGUGAGGGGGACCAUGUCAUUGGGACAGCAGCAGGUGUGAAUAAGAAUGAAACGGCCGCGGAGGAAAUCCAUGAGAAGACGGACUCGGUGGCCGAACAUGGUGGUAAUCUGCAGCAGAUCCAUGUGGGGAUUGAUGGGUCGGUCUUUGAGCACUACCCGCAUUUUGAGGAGCGUAUGGUCGAAGGGUUGACGGAGCUGUUGGGAUCCCGUGCUAAGGAUAUUGUUGCCCUCGGCAUCUCCAAAGAUGGAUCAGGUGUUGGCGCAGCAUUGGCAGCAUUGAUCGCCACCAAGAACGCUGACCACUCUUGUUAA